AUGUCCAAGCUCUUCUCCAGAUACGGGGCCACUUCUGAGGUAAAGGCAACACUUGUCGAGGGCCAGCCUACGUCCGAUCCUGACGCUCCACCAUCCGAUAUCGAUAAUGGAUCUCUCUACCGGGUCCGCCAAUCAAAGCGCCAGAUCGGUAUCACAUCAGCAAUUUUCCUCGUCACAAACCGAAUGGUCGGUACUGGUAUCUUUGCGACCCCAAGUGCCAUCCUCUCCCUAUCUGGUAGUGUUGGCUUAUCUCUCAUCAUUUGGGUCGCGGGCAUGCUGGUCGCUGCUGCUGGUAUGGCUGUCUACUUAGAAUUCGGCACAGCUAUCCCGAGGAAUGGAGGUGAGAAGAACUACCUUGAGUUUGUCUACAGCAAGCCCAAGUUCCUCGCUACAGGUCUGUACACUGGCUACGUUAUCCUUCUGGGAUGGGCUGGAUCCAACUCGGUCGUAUUCGGAGAGUACAUCCUCCACGCCGCCAAUGUUGAAGUCAACCGCUGGAACCAGCGUGGUGUCGGUCUGGCUUGCAUCACCUCUGCUUUCCUUAUCCACGGUCUCACUUUGAAAUGGGGUUUGAGGCUUCAGAACCUACUCGGAAUAAUCAAGCUUUUCAUCAUCCUCUUGAUCGCCGUUUCUGGAUGGGCAGCACUCGGUGGUGUGCUCAAGAUCGAGAAGCCCAACAACUUCGACAACGCCUUCGCCGGCACCACUGGAAGCGCUUAUGGAGUUGUUACUGCGCUGUACAACGUCAUCUGGAGUUACAUUGGAUACAGCAACGCCAACUACGCGCUCAGCGAGACCAAGAACCCGGUUCGCACCCUCAAAAUCGCUGCUCCUCUGGCUCUGGGAUCUGUCGCCAUCCUAUACAUGUUCGUCAACAUUGCCUACUUCGCUGCCGUUCCUGCGGACGAGAUCAUCGCCUCGAAGCGUCUUGUAGCUGCAUCGCUGUUCCGCAACGUCUUCGGUCCCAGAGCUGAGCGCGCGCUUUCUGUCUUCGUUGCUCUGUCAGCUUUCGGAAACGUCCUCAGUGUCAUCUUCUCCCAAGGUCGUCUUGUGCAGGAACUGGGUCGCGAGGGUAUUCUUCCCUGGUCCAGACUCUGGGCAAGUAACCGUCCUUUCAACGCACCUCUUGCUGGUCUGUUCGAGCACUGGCUCGUCUCUGUCGUCAUCAUGUUGGCUCCCCCUCCUGGUGAUGCGUACAACUUCAUCCUCAACGUCAUCUCAUACCCGCUCGCCAUUGUCAAUGUCUUUGUCGCUGCUGGUCUGGCGUGGCUGUACCUCCACAAGGAGGAGUACAACUGGAACCCUCCGAUCAAGGCCACUCUGCCCGUCACCAUAUUCUUCUUCCUGAGCAACGUCUAUCUCGUCAUCGCACCCUUUGUGCCUCCCAGCGAGGGCAAUAGUGUCUACGAAACUCUUCCAUACUACCUACACUGCGUUGUUGGCUUCGGCAUCAUCGCUGCUGGCGGUGUUUACUGGGCCAUUUGGGCGGUUGUGCUGCCCAAGCUUGGAAACUACACACUCCACCGUGAGGUUGUUGUUGAUGAUAUUGAUGGCUGGGAGAGGCAUGUGUUCAGGAAGGUACCAAAGUGA